GGACUCGCAGGCGGGUGGUGGCGGCCGUGCUCGCUGGUGAGGGCGGGAGGGAGUGAGUCACUGAGCGUGUGUGAGGGAGGGAAGGAGCGAGCGAGCGAGCGAGCAGCCCGCGCCGCCCUCCCGCCAGCGCCAGCCAGGCCCCGCCGCACCGCCUGCCCUCCGUCCCGCGCCCAGGCCGGGCCGAGCCGAGCCGGGUCGGGCCCGGGCCAUGCUGCUCACCGUGUACUGUGUGCGGAGGGACCUCUCCGAGGUGACCUUUUCCCUCCAGGUCGACGCCGACUUCGAGCUGCACAACUUCCGCGCGCUGUGCGAGCUCGAGUCCGGCAUCCCCGCAGCCGAGAGCCAGAUCGUCUAUGCUGAAAGACCACUCACAGACAACCACAGAUCCCUGGCUUCUUACGGCUUGAAAGAUGGGGACGUUGUGAUUUUACGGCAGAAGGAGAAUGCAGACCCUCGACCUCCGGUGCAGUUCCCAAGCUUACCCCGGAUAGACUUCAGCAGCAUCGCUGUGCCUGGCACAUCCAGUCCCCGGCAGCGUCAGCCAGCCGCAGUGAAGCCGUCCCACUCCUCUGGAGAAAUGGCUGCAUCUCCUCAGGGCUUGGACAAUCCAGCCUUGCUCCGAGACAUGUUGCUGGCCAACCCACACGAGCUGUCCCUGCUGAAGGAGCGCAACCCACCCCUGGCCGAAGCUCUGCUCAGUGGAGAUCUUGAGAGAUUUUCCAGGGUCCUGGUAGAGCAGCAGCAGGACCGGGCCCGGAGGGAGCAAGAGAGGAUCCGUCUCUUUUCUGCUGACCCCUUUGAUCUUGAAGCUCAGGCAAAGAUAGAAGAAGACAUAAGGCAACAGAACAUUGAGGAAAACAUGACGAUAGCUAUGGAAGAGGCCCCGGAAAGUUUUGGCCAAGUAGUGAUGCUUUAUAUUAACUGCAAAGUGAACGGACAUCCUGUUAAAGCCUUUGUUGACUCAGGUGCCCAGAUGACUAUUAUGAGCCAAGCUUGUGCAGAAAGGUGUAAUAUAAUGAGAUUGGUGGACCGUCGGUGGGCUGGAAUUGCCAAAGGAGUGGGCACCCAGAAGAUUAUUGGAAGGGUACAUCUAGCUCAGGUUCAGAUUGAAGGAGAUUUCCUGGCGUGUUCCUUCUCGAUCCUUGAGGAGCAGCCCAUGGACAUGCUUCUGGGACUGGACAUGCUUAAGCGGCACCAGUGCUCCAUCGACCUCAAGAAGAACGUGCUCGUGAUUGGCACCACAGGCUCACAAACCAGCUUCCUGCCGGAGGGGGAGCUGCCGGAGUGCGCGCGGCUGGCAUACGGGGCUGUGCGGCCGGAGGAGAUCGCAGACCAAGAGUUAGCAGAAGCCAUUCAGAAAUCAGCAGAGGAUGCAGAGCGUCAGAAGCCAUGAUGCAUGUAGUGUGUGUGUGCUGCAGCUGGAGUGGGCCCCAGACCAGAGCAAAGUGGUAAAGAAUCUACCU